AUGAAGUUCUCCUCCAACCUUGUCUCUCUGCUAGCCGCCGCCAGCGUCGCCGUUGCAGAAACCACCGACGCUUCCCUCAUCUCCAGUCUCAUUGGAGAAUUCGAAAAAAACCCUGCUGCCACGGGAGCUGCACUGGACGCAGUCAUUGACCUCGCCCAGGCACUCGAGAUCGACGCCCUGGCAUACCCAGACCAGUACACCUCGUAUGUUUCCCAGUUGGAAGCCUUGACGGCCAUCGUCGACGACGAAGACCUCUCACAGGUCCCGGUUGCAAUUGCAGCCAUCACAGCCCUGCCGUUUGCUGACAGACUGUACCAGGAGGCCGCUGCGUACGCAACUAACACCGGCUCCGAAUUCUCGGUCAGCCUCACCGGAUCCUACUCCACCGACAACAUCAACUGGUCCACCUUCUGGGACGAUGGAUACUCUGCUACCGAGUCCGGUGUCGACGUCUAUGCCACCGAGUCUGGCAUCUCGCAGGGCCUGGAGUCGGAUAUUUCCGAUGCCAGCGCAGUCGCCGCCUCGAGCGCCAAGACCUCGUCUGCUGGCUCCUCGUCGGGCUCUUCUUCCGACUCUGCCUCCUCUGCCUCCAGCUCCGAGGCCAGCUCCAGCUCCUCCGCACAGGCUGCCUCCUUCGGAGUGUACCUCUACUCUGGUGUCUUCUCUGCCGCAGGCCUGGCUUUGCUGAUGAUCUAG